AUGGACGAGGCUUCUGGCACGACGACAACCGAUGGCAAGUCCCUGGAUGAGGCGCCGGUGGCCGCAGGACUGGAGCCCACACAGCCGAUCGGCUUCCUGCAGCUCUUCCGCUUCUCCACCUGCGGGGAGAUCGCUGGACAUCAUUUACAGCGAGUUCACAGCACCCUCUCCGCUGCCACGAACAUCACCACGCUGUCGUUUCCCUUCACGAUGGCCAACAGCAGCGGCGGCGGGUACACCAUUCCCACGGGUACCCUGAGCAUCCUUCCCAUCGCUGCGAACGCCCAGCUGCCGACCAUCACGACAACGGCCAGUGGCUACGAGCCCAAUGACGUCAUCACAACGAUCCCCGUCUCGCUCUCCAUUCAGCGCUUCCCCUCGUCCCUGUCCAUCGUGGACCUGGCCCAGGAGCAGGACGGCUACAGCAACAGUGGCUCCAGCAACGGCAUGACCGUGGGGCCGGGUGCGGGCGGCGGCGGCGGCAUCACCACCACGGCCCUCCUGUCCGUGAAGCCCCUGAACGGCAGCGGCAACGGCAACAUUUCGCGGAACAACAGCUUCAGUCUGAGCUUCAACCUGCAGGACCCCACAGUGCGCUCCUCGGUGCGUUCGGCAGGAGCCCCCACAGUGGAUACAGUGGACAACUCUUCAUCCGGUGGCACGAUCGCCCUGCCCCAGAGCGGCGCCACGGCAACGGCCACGAGUGCUACCUCAACCCUCGCCAAACACAGUCCCGAGGCCAAGACAGGAGAGGUCUAUGUCUGAGCGGAGGAACAGGACACCUAUUCCGACCCAUCCACUGGAUUAUAGCUUUCGUCGUAGUUUUAAGCACCCCCUUCCAGAACCACUGAUACGAUAUUAUCAUCUAGGAAAGAGAACAAAACAAGAGUAAUCCUCUCUUCGGAUUGUACAUUCAUAUGCACACAUCAAUAUACAUACAUAUAUAGCCCACAGACGAUAUCGUAUCGUAAUGGAUCGUAUCGUACGGCACACGCGAGUCUUUCUCGAUAGUUGGGCGAAUAAAUUACGAAUAAAAUCUUUACCAAGAGAAUCUCCAUUAUAUUACCCGUGCAAACAUUGGACCGUGUAAAUACUUUGGAACCCUCC